UUAUUCGUCCUCUUUCUCUCUCUACGAUUAAAACCCUAAUUUGCCCUGCGUUCGCAUUUCUCUCUCUCUCUCUGAACGAACAGCGAUGGCGACGGAAGGGAAGGAGAAGAAUUUAUACGAAGGUGGAACCGGUGGCAAGUUCCGUAAACGUCCCUUCCGCAAAACUCAAACGACGCCGUACGAUCGUCCUCCGGCAGCACUCAGAAACCCUAACAGCAACAACAAUGGUUGGAUUUCGAAGCUUGUUGAUCCUGCUCACAGACUCAUCACUCAUGGCGCUCACUCUCUCUUCUCAUCUCUUCUCCGCAAGCGUCUUCCUCCUCCCCCUCCCGCUCCCAAUUCUUCAGGGAUGGAACAAGAAACGGGGCAGCACAAUCACCAAGAAGAAGCUGUAGAAAUGGAACAAGAAAUGAGACAGGAGAAUCAUCAAGAAGAAUCUGUUGCAAAAGAAUCUUCUGGCAAUCAACAAAGAGCAGUUGGUGAAAGUAAUGUUCAAGUUAAUUGUUCUGACUCGGAUCAAGGUGGAUUGACCGAACUUGAGAAACUAUUGAAGCAGAAGAUUUUCACCAGGUCUGAGAUUGAUCAUUUGACAGCACUUAUGCAGUCAAGGACUGUAGAUGUAGCUGUUAGGGGAGAAGAGAAGAGGUCAGAAAUGGUUCCCUCAGAACCAAUAUUACCUUCUGGACAAAAGGAAGAAUAUCCCAAAACACCAACCGUAGAAAAUGGGAUUGAAAACCAUCUUGCAUUAACUCAACCUGUUACUUCCAGUGUUCCUAUUGAGGAUGUUGCUUCACCUGUAGAGCUUGCCAAAGCUUACAUGGGGAGCAGGCAUCCCAAUGUAUCCACAUCAAUGCUGGGCGUGCGAUAUCCUGCUCGUGGAGAAGACACAACUCCUCUAAAAAGUGAAAAAUCUCCGUUUAAAUCCCCUACUAUGUCGAUUGUGCCAAGGGCUACUAGGCAUACUGCAAUUCAUGAAAACGGUUUUGUGACCCCAAGACCUCGUGGCAGAUCUGCAAUUUAUAGUAUGGCUCGUACACCGUAUACCAGAAUUUAUCCAACCUCUACCCUCAAGGGUGGAGGGCUUGCUGUUCAUGGCGAGCCUUCAUCUUCAACCCAAUCUGCAAUGGAUUAUGCCAUGUUUUCUGGAUCUACACAAGGGGGGAUAAAGCGUAGAAAUUUAGCAGUGGAUAAUAAUAUAGGAUCUGUUGGUCCUAUCCGCCGAGUCCGUCAAAAGUCUAAUCUUCUAUAUUCCAAAGGCUCCAGCUCACCUCUUUCUGGCAGUGCUCUAUCUGUCUAUAGGAACGGAUUGGGUAUUGAUGCUGCUCAGCAACCUUCAUCUUCCUUGCAUAAGCCUGUUCUGCUAGAUGAAGUUAAGCACAAGUCUGAAGAAAAUGUGAGUGGAACUAAGUCCAGCAUGAGCUUUCCCCCUUCCUCCUCAAAAUCCAGUGAGAUGGCUACAAAAAUUUUGCAGCAACUUGAUAAAAUAGGUUCUCCCAGAGAAAAAUCAUCUGAAUCAAGGCUACCAGUUGUGAGUGAUAGUUCAUCAAUGAAGUUGUCACCUUCAAUGCUACGCGGACAGGCUCUUCGAAGCAUGGAAAUGGUAGAUGCGUUUAAAUUGCCGGACAAUUUACAAGGUAAUAAUUUGGAUGGCACAUUUGGAAAUUUGACUUCCAGUGCUCAGAAUCAGAAGUCAAUUUCACAUAGAGAUAAGGGUGAAAAUGGUCCAUUGAAACUUGUUGCUUCUUCCAAUGAAUCAGUUCCUAUUGUAACCACUACAGAGACCACAAAGUCAAGGAAUCAAGUCUUGUCUAGUGAUAAUUCUUUUAUGAUGAAAUCAGUUUCUAACCCUACACAAAAGAAGCGGGCAUUCCAUAUGAGUGCACACGAGAAUUCUCUGGACCUGGGUGAUAAUGCUUAUAGAGCCGUCUCUUUUUCUUCUGCGGAAAAAGAAACAAAAAGCUCCACUGUUAUUGAGGAUAAAGUUUCUUCUGGUUCUGAAGCCAUUGCACAUGAAAGUCCCUCAACAUCAUCUGUGGUGUUGCCAUCCACAAGGUUUACGAUAGAUGCUCAAGCUCAUGUUAAGACAACUGAUGGUGGGGCUCAUGUUAAGACAACUGUGGCUACAGUUGCAGUUACAGCACCUACAAUAACAACCUUUGGUUCCGACAAGCCUGCUUUAUCAAAUGGGUCAACUGCUAAUCCUUCUUUGUUUAAUUUUGCUAAUAAGAAUAUCUCGUCAGCGGAGUUAUCAACUUCUGUUGCUUCAUCAAAGGAGAUAGCCAAAUCAGCUCCGGUAUUUGGUUUGGAGAAGGUUGAUCCGUCAAAGGAGGCUGGUGGUCCAUCAGUAAACUUUGACACCAAGCAAAAUGUUUUCAAGGUUCCACCAAUCCCGUUUACUGCUUCAUCAUCAGUUGGUGGUGAGUCUACUCCAAAAUUUGGUGCUUCUUUUGACUCUCAGCCGGGAGGCUCAAUCAGUUUUACUACUGUUGCUGGUUCAACUGGUUCUAUGCAAAAAGUUCGUGAAUCUGAUAGUGGUGAUGCUAAUAAAAAUACUGGAUUUUCUGUUGGGGCAUCAGAACUAGCUGUUUCAUCUGCAGCAUCAACAUCAUUGUUGACACCACCAAAUAGUAUAUUCAAAUUUGGCCAUAGUUCAAAUCAAAAUAAUGGGUCUCUUGGUUCAGGCCCUUCAUUCUCUUCUUCCUUUCCAUCUCUCAUAUCAAAUAACUUUAGCAACAGUUCAAAUCAAAAUAAUGGGUCCCUUGCUUCAGGCCCUUCAUUCUCUUCUUCCGUUCCAUCUCUUGUAUCAAAUAACUUUAGCAACAGUAGCUCGUCCCUUUCUGCAAGCGGUGGCAUUAAUUCCACUUCUGCUUCCACUGGAAUUAGCAUGAUAACUCCUGCCCUUGCUGCAUCAAGUAAUAACUGUUCCUCUUCCUCCACCCCAGUGGUGGCAACUUCGUCUUCAACAACUUCCCUUUUCAAAUUUGGUUCCUCUCCUGUCACAUCAGCAGGUUUAUCUGUAUCAUCUUCUGGCUCAAAACCACUGGAAACUGGGAACAGGCAAGAUGCAGGAAUCAGUAGUUUUAGCAGCACUGCAUUUGGUAGUUCAUCUGCUGCAGUUGGAAGCACAGCAAGUGCCAUUUUUGGGUUCAGCUCUUCAGCAAUGACAACUGGAGCUAGCCAGUCUCAGAGUUCUUUCGGUGCUGGCAGUGGUUCUCUGUUUGGUGCCCAAGCUUCUCCUCCUGCCGGUAUAUUUACAACUUCUACUCAGACCCAGUCAGUUCAAUCAUUUGCAUCAUCCCCAUUGUUUGGGUCGACUGGUAAGACAGAUAUUUCUUCGGGGAGUUCUUUGUUUCCUUCUUUAAGUUCUGCCACAAAUACAUCUUUUUCUUCUGGGAGUUCGAUGUUUCCUUCAAGUUCUACCACUAACAUUUUCAACUCCAGUACAACUUUUGGACUCGGCACAUCUGCUUCCUCUUUGGCAGUCAACUCUAGUAGUGGUACAGGCUCUAGUUUAUUUGGGGCUUCUGGUUGGCAGCCCAGCAAUUCUCUAUUUGGUUCCACAUUUAGUUCAUCACCUUCGUCCGGGUUUGGAACAUCCAGUACUACUGUUGCUUCCACCAGCUCACCCAUGUUUGCCUCCACGACCAGUGCAUCAGCUCCUCAGUUUUCAUUCACUUCAGCUGUGGCUUCCACCUCCACACAGCCUGCUUUUGGAAGCCCUAACCCUGUCUUUGCUUUUGGUUCAGCUCCAGUUAAUAAUGAUCAGAUGAGUAUGGUGGACAGUAUGGCUGAGGACAGUGUUCAAGCGACUCCACCUAUGAGUCCUAUGUUUGGUCAACAACCUGCCCCUGUUCAAUCAAAUUUUGUAUUCGGAGCAUCCACUCAGUCAGGAACCAGUCCUUUCCAGUUUGCAAGUCAACAGAACAUUGCUUCACAGGUAUCCGCUCCCUCAGGAACCAGUCCUUUCCAGUUUGCUAGUCAACAGAACAUUCCUCCACAGAACCCUUCUCCAUUCCAGGCUUCUGGCAGUCUGGAAUUUAAUGCAGGAGGAGGAGGGAGUUUCUCAUUGGGCUCAGGUGGUGGUGAUAAGUCUGGUCGAAAAAUUAUUAAAGUCAAACAUAGAAACCGUAAGAAGUAAAAGACCAUUGUUUAUGAAAAUGGUUGCUUUCUAUCACCUGCUUCAGGCCCCGCACUUCAGUAGCGCAACAAAAAAAUAAGUUCUGAAAAUCAAAUGCAGGAUAGUGUUGCUCAUUUGGCGAUGUGGACAAGCGAAGCUAUUGCUAAUCAGCAUAUCGAAAUUUGUUGGUCAUCUUUCACCUUCGAUAAGCUGAGGCAUAAAUGUUCCCAAUUUUGUUAUUGUAUGAUAUGAUAGAACAUAUGUGCUGUACUUGUAGUGAUUCUAGGUCAUACAGUUCACAAUUUAUGAUGAUAGAUAAUACUCUUAAGGUCGCUGUAUUCUCCUCACUUGUAAGUUGUAACAUUACCAGAAUUAGGGAUGAAGUUAUAAGCUUAGCUGGUUGUAACAUUUACGGUUCCAAUGAGCGAUCUGCUGAAUAUUUUCUGCAUUAUAUAUUGUAUAAUGAAUUUUUGUUUACAGACCGAUUAAUUUCUGCAUUA